AUGGCAACCCGUUCCCGGCCAGCCUCUCGAACCCGCUCCCCAAUCGAUCAAGGGGAGCUGGGACCCCAACUUUCGGCAACCCCCUAUGUCGAAAUUGGGGAAGUCUCCCUUGAGCGAAUCACAAGCCUCCUCCUUGGCCUCCUCGGCCAAGUUGAGCACCUCAAGCGGAAAGUGGAAGAAGUCCGAGAAGCAGGGGUUGAGGCCCGGACCAACCUUGAGAACAUAUCUCAAGCCGUCGAUACUGUCAAGGAUGGGCUUAGAAGCCUCCAACUCCAUGGACCCCGGACCCCGGAAGACACAAAACCCCCGGUCGUGGAAGCAACGCCACGCCCCCUAUCAAAAGUCGACCCUAUUGGAUCGACUAGUCGGGUCUCAUUCUGGCCCGAAUCAUCCAAGGGGCUCCCCACCUUUGCCCAGCCCACUCCUGUCCGAGCAGUGCCCCCGCGAGUCCCAUCUCCCCCUCCAUCUCCGCGUCUCCGAUCCCCCAUCGGAGCACCUGCCCCUCCACCUCCGGCUCCAGUCGCUGCCUAUCCCGCUCCGGUCAAGGUUGACCACCCCGACGCCUACACAGGCAAAAUAGGGAGCAAAGCAAAGCAGUGGCUGACCCGGAUGUUAGCCUGGACCCGCCUCAAUUCCCGCAUGUUCCCCACGGACCAAGAGGUCUUAUCAUUCCUUCUCAUGAACAUGAAGGACUCUGCGGGAGCAUGGGCCCAUCCACACCUUGACCAGCUUGGAUCACACCGAGCCAUUAUCCAAACGGUCGAAGGAUUCAAACUGGAGUUCCUGGCAGCGUUUGGUGACCCUGAUGCCACAAGGGCCGCCGAGCGGAAAAUAACCUCCCUUACACAAUCCGGCACAUGCGCGGAUUACAUUACAAAGUUCAGAACCUUGGCCAUGGAACUGGACUGGAACGACGCAGCCCUCCGAGGCCAGUUUGCCCGCGGCCUCCACUGGGAGGUCAGUCGCCAAAUUGCCACCCGCGAGCACCGACCCCGCACCCUUCUCGAGCUGCAGAAUGCAGCACUCGUCAUCGACAACGCUCUCCGCGAAGAGCGUGCUAGCCACCCACCGAGGGAUAAUAAGCCUAGCAAACCAUCUAACCCCGCAAGGGGGACGAGUACCGGCCCGUCUACUACCGGUUCGAAGAAACUCUCCGACGACCCGAAUUUUGUGUCGGAAGAAGAACGCAAUUGCCGCCGCGCCGCAGGCGCCUGUAUCAAGUGCGGCAAAAUGGGUCACAAGUUCGCGGAAUGCCGCACGGGCUGGAAAGCCACCCCUAUUGAGGAUAAGGGGAAGGCUAAGGAAACCGCCAAGAUUGGCGAAGACUCUGAGUACCAAUCGGGAAAAGAAAUUUCCCCCCUGUUCACAAUUUCGAUUAAACCAGAGAAAAAAGCGGAACACUUAGAAGUCCUGAUAGACUCAGGCGCCACAUUGUCAUUCCUUCACCCCCGUACCGCCGAGGCACUACGCCUACCCCUUAUAGACCUCCCAGCACCCCGCACCGUUACCAUGCUCGAUGGGUCAAGCCCCCAGGCAGGCAAGAUCUGGAAGAAGGCAGUCCUAACCUUCUCCUUUGAUGGCAAGAAAAUGACAGAGACCUUCCUAAUAUGUAACACCGGGUCUCAUGCUGCUAUCCUAGGAUUGAAAUGGUUGGAUGCCCACAAUCCAGAGAUUGAUUGGAAUAUGCGCACCCUUACCUUCCCUCAUGCAACCCCCGAACAUGUGGCCAUCGCCGAAGAAGAGGAAGCAGAUAAAAACCCCCUUGAAGGAGUACCCUCCGAAUACCAUCAAUACGCCAAGGUAUUUGGGGAAGAAGAAUUCAACAAGCUCCCUCCACACCGGCAUUACGACAUUGGGAUAGAACUCACGGAAGAAGGCCCCCUCAACUCCCCCCUUUACAGUAUGACAGACGCCGAGUCCGCCACACUCAAGGACUGGCUCAGGGAUGAGUUGAAAGCUGGGAAGAUCCGCCCUAGCAAGUCUUCCAUCAGUUCCCCCGUCAUGUUUGUCCCUAAGAAAGAUGGUUCCCGCCGCCUGGUUGUCGACUACCGCCGCCUUAACAACCGGACCAAGAAAAACGUUUAUCCACUACCCCGUCCAGAUGACCUCAUGGCCCAGCUCCGUGGUGCCAAGGUUUUCACUAAGUUAGAUUUGAGAUGGGGUUACAACAACGUCCGAGUUAAGGAAGGGGAUGAAUGGAAAACUGCAUUCCGCACCAAGUAUGGCCUAUACGAAUCCCUAGUUAUGACCUUUGGUCUCACCAACGCCCCCGCCGCAUUCCAACACUUCAUGAACGAGCUGUUCAAAGAUCUAUUGGACGUAUGCGUCAUCAUAUACCUCGAUGACAUCCUGAUCUAUUCUAAGGAUGACGCUGCCCACACACAACACGUUCACGAGGUCCUGAAGCGGCUAAUGGAGAACCAACUGUUCUGCAAGGCGUCCAAAUGCACCUUCCACGUCACCUCCGUGGAAUACUUGGGAAUCAUUGUCUCGGAUAAGGGUUUUAGCCUGGAUAAGCUCAAGAUCCAGGCGGUACAAGAAUGGCCAACACCCACUAAGGUCAAGGAAGUUCAAUCGUUCCUGGGAUUUGCCAAUUUCCUUUGA